AUUUAUUCCCUUUCAAAAUGAUAAGAUCUAGUUUAAAUACUGCCGGACCUAAAGAUGUUACCUCAACUAAGGAACUUGAACGCGCCUUGGAUAAAUUGGAACAGUUAGAAUCCCUUGGUAAAAAGUCAAAGUCUGAAAAAGAAAAACAAAUAGAUAGACUAAUGUCUAAGAGUAAUAAACAAGAGAUAUCAGAUGUUGAUGAGCUGAUUGAGGGUCAAGCUCUGGAUGACGAAUUAUACAGACUACAGCAAGGUUAUAGGCGAAUGAUUCAAUGUAAUCAACAAGUUAGUAAAGUAUACAAUGCCAAACAAAAGAGAAGAAUAGCAGCAUUAGAACAAUUAGAAAAAGAAGAAGUGAAUUUAAAUAUUCAAUCAGUACUCAUACAAAACAAAGACAAUACAAAUCAUCAAUCUGGGCUAUCUAACAAAAUAAUGAACCUUUACGAUAUUAUAAGAGAACUUGUAACUUCGAUUUUAUGGGAAAGGGAGAAAAUUGAUGAAAUGGAUUACGAGUAUCAAGUUUUAGAAAAGAGCAUUCAAAAUCGACGUAAAACAGGAUUUGGCAAUAGUAGUAGGUUUGAUAUUGAACAAAUGCAAAAGCUAGAAUUAGAGGCGAAAACUCUUAAGGAUAGAUUACAUUCAAUUCAAGUACGAUUUAAUAAGACUUUAACUCGCAAUCGAGAGUAUAGAGAAGCUAUAGAUAAUCUACAGAAAAAGAGAAAAAACUAUGAAACUAUUUAUACGAAACUAUUUAAUGAACUUGAAGAUUGUCGGUCAAAGAUGAUCGAAGAUAUGGAAGAAUCAAAGAUAGCUUUUGAGCAGAGAGAUGAAUAUAGAGUUAAGAUUGCCGCUUUAAAAGAGCGAUUUGAAAAAGAUAGAUAUAAUCACGAAACGGAAUUGAAAGAUUUACAAAGAAUAAUACUUCACGAUGAAAAAAUGAAAAACUUUAUGUUGACUAAGAAUAAUGAUCGCGAAAGCUUGAAAUCAAUUGAAGAAGCCAAGAGAAAAAUUCAAACAGCCGAAUCAGAACCGAUGAAAAACGAAAGAGAACUUAUUCAAAGUUACGAAGAUGCUUUUGAACAAAUAAGAGCAGUCACAAAUGAAGAUGAAAUUGAAGUUGUUAUAGAAAAUUAUAGAGGUUACGAAGAGAAAAAUUUUGCCCUCUUUAAGCUAGUUGAAGAAUUACACUCCGAAAUUGAGAUGCUAAGGCAACAAGCAACAAAAUAUAAAUUACGAAAAGGUUUAUUGAAUAAUGAAGAUACAAUUGUUAAUUUUGAAAGGAAGAGUAAUUUUGAAGAUCUAAAAAAAGAGUUAUCAGAGAUAAAUGAAGAGGCUGAAGAGGUUAAGAGGAAAUUUUUCUCAAUAAAUACGCAAUUUAAUGAUUUAAAGCGACAUAUUGAAAAUUUACUACAUGUUUCUGAAUGUGAUAGGUCAAUUCUACACGAAAUGCUAGAUUCGGAUGAUUUAAAACCAUCGAAUGUUAUGAUAUUCUUAGGUAUUUUAGAGCAAAGGGUAAAUGAGAUUAUCUCUAUGGCUUAUUACUAUGAGCAAAAAGAUCUUUUACAUAAUCCCUCCAAACAAAGCCAAUUUGUAGUACCAAUUAUAGCAAGGACAGUUGGCAAAAAACAAUCAGCUGUCAUUGUACCGUCGAUUUCUUAUACCGAUCUUGACAAAAAUCUAGAAUUUAUAUCAUCAGACGAAGAAGUUUUAGCAAAAUCCUACGAUACCAAACACAAUGAUAUAAAGAUGCCAAUCUCCGUUGAAAAUAUGAGGCAAAAGAUUGCAUCAUUAACACAAAAAAAAACUCAGUUGAAUAAAAAAUCCAGUCAGUCUCCAACGAGAUUUAGAAAGAAGAGAAAAGCUGACAAACAAAGUUAUUAA